AAAAACGCGUUAUUUUCGUGAUUGGUCGAAGGAAGGACGAAAUGAGGCACCACAUACGGGGUUCAUUAUAAAACCCACCGUCCUACCCCCCCCCUCUUGUCAUCCCCCAAAUACCUGCACCAUUAACCCUCCUCAAUACCUAGAUUAUGGCUUACACCCCCCGCCCAAAUUUCCUAUUGUCGCUCUUCCGCCAAUCGUUAAACACAUUUAUCCAUUCCUCGGGUGAUUACCCUCUCUUAGCGCGAGCUCAUAGACUGUUACAAGAGGAGCCUGGCCAAGCAAAUAGCCCUGUUUUGUUAAUCCCAAUUACUGUGGGUAUUGCCCUGCAUUUACUGAUCCAAUAUGUGGUCGGCCAUGUGAUGAUGUCUGUAUUAAUCCUCGAAACCGCUAACACCCAGGCAAACUCUCAUGAAUUGGGCGGUGGUAAACGGACUCCCUCUUGCCAACGGCUCAUACGCACGCUUUCUUCCCUUUACAGCAAGGGUGGCCUCCGACUCCUUUUUAGUGGCUUUGGUGCUGCGUGUUCUUACUGGGCUGCUCAAUCAUGUGUAACGAAACUGUUGUCGUCUCUGGUCUUGCCAUAUAAAUCCCUACAACCGCUCGCCUAUAUUACCUCAUCUGUCCUGCUCGCAGAGACCCAUUUUUUCUGGUCUGCUCGUACGAUUCUUAUUCGAGAAGACCAAAUCAACAACGUUAGCAGACACCGCAACUGGAGACGAUGGAAAUCUCUGGCCGUUCCAGCCCUGAUCCAUGCCGCUACUGAGACAUUUAUGAAUCAUAGCCCUGCCAUAAUAGAGGACCUUACCAGUACACCCCAAGGGCAUGUCACAGUAGCGAUAAAGUCAAACAUCAUCAUGUCCGAUAUCUUGGUAUCCGCCUUUAUGCUGGUUCUUCAUGUUCUGCUCCUCCUUCCCUCAUAUAUCGUCUUGAUAUCAGUUGAGGCAAGCUUCCUUCCUCAGACAUGCGAAACCAUUGUUCUUUCCUCCUCCAGUCAGCGAGCAAGAUGUGUUCGAGAACUAUUUCCGACUGCCGAACUACCGCUACAGGCACAGAAGGCGUGGCAGAUGGUAGGGACUGGAAGAUUACUGUGGUGUCUUGAAUUACAUGUGAAGAUGUGCUUCUGUUUGUUGUCUAUUACGGCCAUUGUUCAUCCCCUUGUUCGCUACUUACUUUAGGGAUUGAACAAGGAGAGGCAUCAGCUGAACAAGAAACUAUGAUCUUCCCCUCUGCGCAUGUAAGCCAAGAUCCCAGUUUUCGCAAGUGUCGACCAGCGACGAAAAAGGAGCAAAAAAGGCUUUGGCAACUGCACUAGUAUGUUUGGAGUUUCUUGGGACAUAAGAACUUGAGGCAGAUGGUGUUUAACGCUCUUUGUGGAGGGCUUUCCAGUACUGAGUCCGAAUAGAAGGAAACUAUGAGUUUGCUCCAGAAUAGGGCCUUCUGUACCAUUUCGAUAGGUUUAGAAUAAAUACCAAGAACAGGAAAGGUCGAGGGUCUAAACUGAUUAGUUUAACAACAUGAAUCAGUACUUGAGGCUAGAUUGAAGUCCGGUGUUCACAGCCUUUGUGCAAAAAGAGGCACUAAAUAGGUUUCGAUAAUUAUCAACAGAGGCAAAUUACUUAAAAUAGAUGAGUAAAACAAGC